AUGGGCAACGGUGCAAAGGCGCAGCAGAAACGCGAGCGUAACGCAAAGGCGGCGGGAGGCGAAGCCAAGUCGCAAAAGAAGGUCAACGAGGCCGCCAAGAACGUCAUGUGCAUGACUUGUCGCCAGACGUUCCUCCUCACCGUCCGUGAACCUGCCCUCCAACAACACGCAACCGACAGACACAACAAGACUCUCGCCGAAUGCUUCCCUGGCUUCGGCAAGUAA